AUACGUCACACGUAUACGACGUACAUGCAGAAGGGUCGUUUCUUUGUGCCUUCGUAACAAUAGAAACCGCGGGAGAAAACACAUAGCACACACCUCCCCCCAUGCAUCGUCAACAUAACCAUUCGAGGCAGCAAACCAUGAGGAAAGUCCCCUCAAAUGGUCCCAGCUUUGAUCACAAUUUCAACGGAGAUUUCACCACCGAUUGGAGAUAAAUCCUGCUUUUUUCCUUCACUCUGUGCUACUUCGUGAGUGUAUUUACGUGUACGCGGGUUUAUUUCUAACUGCGCCACACCGCCUCUACGCAUUAUAAUUUGACAGCUGGACGAGUUGAAUUGUACAUGCACUCGCAAUGGAUACUACGACCAUCCUGCCGAACCAACAGACAAGUUUCGACUACGGACAGACAGACAUGGACGUCACCUCAGCUGCUGAGUGUCUCCUAGCGAUUGCUAAGUCCAGGCCCCCUUGGAAAUCACCGGUGAUCGCCCCAACACCCUUACCGGCGGAGCUGGGCUACACCACCCCACCGUACGACGAUGGUAUGACGCAGGACUCUGAACUGGCCGCGCUGCCUAAUCCUUUGUUCAUGGUGGCACGGAUCCUGGCCGACUUGGAGACGUACAAGAACAGAGAUCUUGCCCCCUCCCCCAUCAGUGACUGCUCCAGUUCCCUGGAGCUCAGCCAGGACCCUUUUGCCAGUAUUCCCCCUCCCGGGGUGAAAUCGAAAGGGGGCAAGAAACGACGGGCCAGGAAGUCAAGCACGUGCGAUGGGACACUCGCAACGGGACAAAGAAGCAAACGCGGGGGUAGCAAGAGGUCUGAUCGCGGGCCGGACGGCCAGCCAGUCAAAAAGCACAAGUGUCACUACAUCGGCUGCGACAAAAUGUACGGGAAAUCAUCACAUCUGAAGGCCCAUCUAAGAACACACACAGGUGAGCGACCGUUCCCCUGCACGUGGCCGGACUGCAACAAGCGGUUUGCGCGUUCCGACGAGCUGGCCCGUCACUACCGCACCCACACCGGGGAGAAGCGGUUCUGCUGCCCGCUGUGCGAGAAGCGCUUCAUGCGCAGCGACCACCUGAUGAAGCACGCCCGGCGGCACGCCAACUUCCACCCGAGCCUGCUGAAGCGGCCCCGCAGCCUGGCCGACUCCCUCAGCGACCGGUCGGCUAAUUCUAGCCCCGUCAACUCCCCUUGAACGUGUUCUGUAACUCAACCUGGGCAUAGAGAUAAUUCCAUAGCGAACAUGAUCACUGAAUACCUCAUUUUCUGGAAGAAAACAAGACUUCCUUUUUUUAUGUAAAAUCGUUUUAUGUGCUGCACUGAGAUUUUUUUGUAUUCUCCAAAACAAAUUCAAGUUUGUAUUCAGUAUAUUCCAGUUGUUUGAGAAAGUAAAAGACUACCAGGCAAAACACGUGCAGUAAAGGAAUAUAUGUAGUGUGCAGGAACCAGCUAAGGCUAUGAAAUAAAAAUAGUGACCAAUUUGGUAAGUUUUGAAAUCUAGAAUUCAUGUUUAAGUGUGUGUGGCGUGAUUUUUCUAAUGUCAUUGUUAAAAUUCGGCAUAAUGGAGUUUUGAAAGUAUACAGUUUGAAGUUGUGGAGUUGAUUUUAGUAUUAUUACUAUUAUGAUAAUUGUGUUGUUUUCACAGUGUAUUCUCCCUAUUAAUUUAUAAUGUGUGUUGUGUGUUUUGAAGAGUAAGGCUGAAUAGCGAAAGUGUAAUCAAAAAUGGACCGAUCCAUUAGGACCCGCCCCCAUGGUGUUUUGACCAAUCACAGCCGUGAUUCGUGUCCAACAAAGCGCAAGUGCGUAUACGACGCGCACGUUUUUAAACAUGCAGUAUUGCAUUGGUCUGGUUCACGUGGUGUUGCCCACGUGUGUGGGCGGGGCUUACAGGACCGCUCCAUUGAUAAAAUAGGUUGGGUUGUUUUUCGUAUUUAUGAAUAUUGACAUUUUAACUCGUAAGUUUGCUCCAGUGAUACAUGCAGUAAUCUUGAUUCCAACGUGUAUAUAUUUAAGUCAAGAAAAUGGGUUUUUAUCUUAACUGUACACAAAACAGAGGACAAAAUACUUUAUACACCAAACUCGUUUGUUGUAAUUUCACCACCCGACCAAGAACAAGAAAACCACGGUGAAGCUAUACAUAAUAAGUGCACUUUCUAGAUUUGUAAAUAAUGUUGUAAUAUUUAAACCAUAUAUAAUCUAUAUUUUAGAGUGGGUUAAAGUAAUGCUGGUGUAGGGGUUAGUGAUUUUAUUAAGUAUUUUGAGUUUUGAUGUCGACUUCCGACAAACGACAGGCUGGUUUUCUGUCUUGUAGGAAAGUUUUAAUGGAAUUUUGAAAACAUCGUACGUAGGCGUUUUACGCACCCCACUGCUUUAUCCAAGGGCAUCGGUAAUGGCAGAACACUUAAUGCAAAAUUGUGAAUGAAACGCAAAGCAUUGUGGGUAGCUAACCCUCAUGCUUAUUCAUGACGGUUUGACCUAGGUCAAAAUAGUCCAAUGGGAGCUCACAAACAAAUUAACUGUCGGCGCCUUUGAAUAAGACGUUGAGUAUACCAGAGAAUACGUUGUUGAAAGUUUGCUUUGAACACUUGUGUAUUUUGAACGGGGAUAAAGGAACAAAAAUGGUUUUGAAUUAUGCAUAAUCAUUAUGAAAAAUGAAUAUAUGCAUGCAAUUAACAUAAAUUGGGUUCGCAUGUUUUCUCAAAAGAGGAAAUUUGGAUCAUGCAGGCUUUGCAUUUUGAAUAUUCCAAUUGUUUUAAGAACUACUACAAAAUUUAUUCCUAUGCACAACUUGUUUUUGAAUCAAUAUGAAUUUUUUGUCUGGCCGGGCAGUUCAGCAUGCUACGGUCAGAAUUUGAAACAAAUCGGGUAUACGUUUUGGACGUUUUUCAGGAACGAAACUGGGUGUUUCUCUCGUUCUGGAACAAAAUGGAGAGUGUUAAAACGGAUUGAUUAAAAGAUUUGUUUGACUAAAAACUCUUAACUUAUUUAUCUCUUCCUCAGUAGUUAAAUUAAAUAUAUAUUUAUUAAAAGAAACAAUUGUAGAUAAAAGGCAUUCUGUAGAUAAAUAUUAAUCCUUGAUAUUUGUUUAUAAACCUGUAUUUUUAAUUAUAUUUUGAAAAGAAAUAAGGAACGGACUAUUUUUGUGAAGGAAUUUUUUAUUCAGGUGGCGCACACUUGAAACGGUGCCAAUACGAAUGUGAGAAUGGGGGACUUUUGAGACGUUGGUGGCAGCAUUCAUGCUCAAUGUGACUCAACGCAAACAAUAAAAAAGUACCGGUGCGUUUGCUGCCACCACCGUCUCAAAAGUCUCCCAUUGCUGGAAAAGUUGGAGGAACAACGAAUGAGUAUGCAAACAAGAAAAUAAAAGGAUAAUAAAUAUUUAAAAAAUUCGAAA